CCCAUCAACACGUGUGUAGUAAAUUUUCGCUGAAUUUUUAUUUUAAAUUAAUAAAAACAAUAAUUGAUUUUGUUGAUAUUCGUGUAAAAAUAUAAUGAAAAUGAAACAAUCCGAAGAGGCACCUAGUGGUCGUACUCAAAUACAUAAUGUGCGUUUUUAUAAUUUAACACCACGUUCCAUACAAACCAUGGCCUAUAAUAAGAUUUGGAAAAAAUUGGCUUUAUCCAGAAAUGAUGGUUCCAUUGAAAUUUGGGAUAUGGGAAAUGCUCCCUGCUUGGAACGCACUAUAACCAAGACACCGGGCAAUUCGGUGGAGGGUUUGGCUUGGUGUGCGGAUCGUCUCUUCAGUGCCGGCCUUAGUGGUGAGGUUAUUGAUUGGAAUUUACAGACUUUGAAACCCCGCCACAAACAGCAUGUCACAGGCAAUGCCAUUUGGUGCUUAGAUGUCAAUCGCACGGGUAACGAAAUUGCCAUAGGCACUGAGGAGGGUUACAUCAAUAUCUUCAAUAUCUCAAACAAUCAAUUACAGUACAAGAACCUCUUUGACAAACAAGAAGGUCGUGUUCUUUGCUGUCACUUUGAUGCCACCGGAAAUUUCCUUGUAACCGGUUCGGUGGGAGCCAUACGCAUUUGGAAUACACGCACCGGCCAUGCUAUAAACAAAAUGAACGUAAGCGCUAAACUGAAUAAAUCCAAUCCCCAAGAAACUAUUGUAUGGUCUAUACAAGUGCUAAGGGAUUUCACUAUUAUAUCGGGAGAUUCUUGCGGCUUCGUUACAAUUUGGGAUGGUAAGAGCGCUACACAAAUUGAAUCGCAUCAGGCUCUGAAAUCCGAUGUACUGGCCGUAGCUGUAGAUGAGAAGGAACAGAAAUUGUUCUGUGCCGGCAUAGAGCCCACUAUACGCAUUUAUGCGAAAACUCAAAUUCAUCGUGACGACAUGGUCUACAAUAGAUGGAUCAAGUUUUUACAACGUCGUGUACAUGAUCAUGAUGUUAAGGCUUUGCUGAGCGUAAAGGAUCAGAUAUACUCUGGAGGUGUUGAUGGAUAUUUGGGUGUUUCAUCGGCAUCUAAGACUCAAUCUAAAAUUGUUAAAUAUGGACCGUUUUUAGAGCAACCUUGUGUCACCGUCGCUCCCCAUGAACGUCUGCUACUGUUGCGUUACACCAACUAUUUGGAAAUCUGGCGUAUGGGCUCAUCAUCAUCCCAACAAGAGUUAAACGAAAAAUCAAAUGCUGAAACUAAAAGCCUUACAAUCGACACAGUACCUGAAAAACUACUAGAAUUUAAGAGUAAAAAUGAGGAGCACAUUGUAUGUGCUGCCCUCUCACCAAAUGGUCGUUGGUUGUGCUAUUCGACACAAAAAGAAAUACGUCUAUUCCAAUUCAUACCCGGUACCUCGACACAGGCCACACAAUUAAUACGGGUCAAAGAAUUGCCCGAACAAUUCGCCCCUGCUUCACAUGUCGCCUUCAUAGCCGAUUCGAUGCGUUUGUUAAUAGUGAAUCGUGAAACUAAACAGAUCUUAAUCUUUUCCAUACUCACGCCCACAGAUGAUGUAUUGAAUUUCAGCUCAUCGCCUCCUUUGGAUUUUGUCGAGUGCAUCGAUACCAGCAAACACAUUAAGGACAGCAUUAAAUUGUUCUCUGUCUCGCUUUGUGGUUCUUAUAUAGUGGCGGCCAGUGCUGAUCGCACGAUUGCUGUAUGGUCUGUGUACCAGGGAAAACAUUUUAAGCAUCUUCUCAAUCUGCCUCGUUAUUCAGCGGCCACCACUGCUUUGGCCAUACAUGCGGAACAACCGCGUAUUGUGGCCGCCUUCGCCGAUGGCAAAAUCUUUGAAUAUGACAUGGAAGAAAUGUGUUUCACCUGCACCGCUUUAGAUUAUUUCGUUUCAAAUUCGGAUAGCUUUUGUAUUACCAAUAUUGCAUUAGAUGCACGUAAUCCUAAUAUUUUUGUGAUGCAAAAUGAUUCGAAAAUGUUUGUGUUGGAAAAGUGUAAGCAACAGGAUAAGUUGGAAGACGCCGUUAUGGAGAAUUCAAAUAAAAAAUCAUUGAAAAAAUCUAGAAUUGAGAAUACGGCCGAUAUGCAAGUGGAUGAUUUGAAAUUGAAAAUGGAAAAGACAUUUGAGCACUUAAUAAGUUUGUGCUGGUUAAAUGCUGAUGAACUGGUGGCGGUCAGUGUGAAUCCUGUAACACUAUUAGAGAAAUUACCAAAUCCAUUCAAGGAGAAAGUAUUUAGAUCCAUGUAAUCGUAAUAAAUCUUAAUAAUAAAUACACUGUAGUUUUAUUAAUAAAAUUAUAAACCUAAA